CUUCACGGAUUUGAUACUAUCUGGACCGUUCGUUCAGUUCUAACUGCGGUUCAUCGUCUCUCCAGUUGUUGCCUCAUCUGCACAGGCCACUUUAAAUGUAGGACCAGGACAAGAUGGCGGAUAUAUCUUUGCUCCAAGAGGAUUCCCAAGAGGAGUUGGACGGAUUUGGUGUGGAUGACUACAGCUCAGAGUCUGAUGUCAUUAUUAUACCUUCAGCCUUGGACUUUGUAUCGCAAGAUGAGAUGCUGACUCCUCUUGGAAGAUUGGAUAAAUACGUCACUAGUGAAAACAUUUUUAAUAGACAAAUGGUGGCGCGAAGUUUGUUGGACACUCUAAAAGCAGUGAGUGAGGAUGAGAGGGACUGUAUUGCCGUCCUGGAGAGAGUGGGUAGAUUAGCAGAUGACUCCGAGCCCACAGUUAGAGCAGAGCUGAUGGAGCAAGUCCAUCACAUCGCCAUUUUCUGUCAAGAGAAUAGACCUUCCAUUCCAUUUGCCUUUUCUAAAUACUUGCUUCCCAUAGUUGUCAGGUACCUGGCUGACCAAAACAACCAGGUCCGAAAGACCAGCCAGACGGCCCUGUUGGAGCUCCUGGAGCAGGAGCUGAUUGAGCGGGGAGACGUCGAGACACAGGUGUGCCCCGUUCUGGUGGAUCUGACCGCCCCUGACAGCAACGACGACGUCAAGACUGAAGCCAUGGCCAUUAUCUGUAAAAUGGCCCCCAUGGUGGGCAAGGACAUCACUGAGCGCCUCUUCCUGCCACGCUUCUGUGAGAUGUGCUGCGACUGCAGGAUGUUCCACGUUCGCAAGGUUUGUGCAGCGAACUUUGGAGAGAUUUGCAGUGUUGUUGGUGGAGAGGCAACAGAGGAACUCCUGCUGCCCCGUUUUUUCCAGCUCUGCUCAGACAACGUGUGGGGGGUGCGGAAGGCCUGCGCAGAGUGCUUCAUGAGCGUUUCCUCUGCCACAUCGCAGGAAAUACGCAGGACCAAGCUCUCGUCGCUCUUCAUCAGCCUCAUUAGCGACCCCUCCCGAUGGGUUCGUCAGGCUGCGUUCCAAUCGCUGGGUCAGUUCAUCUCCACGUUCGCCAGCCCCAACAGUGUGGGCCAGUACUUCAAAGAUGGGGAGGAGGGCGAGUGCAACUGUGUCCGUUCCCAGAACAGUAUUAAAGAGAAUGCACUGAACGUUGACCUGGGCACUACAGACCCGGCGAUCCGCGCCAACACUGAAGUGUCUCCAGGAAAAGAAUUUGACACCCCUUCAUGCACAAAUGGAAACCACCAGGAGGGAUGUCCACAGCAGGACGUCUCUAUCCACAAUACACAGGGGGAGGUGGGGGUGUUGUGCCGGACAGAGACUGUAGGAGUGGAUGUGGCAGAGGAGGGGGGUGGGGAACAGGCGGCGGAGGGGGAGGUGGAAGCCUUGUUGGCGUCGGCUGGUUGUAGCGAGAGUGAGCGGGAGCUUUUCUUGCUGACCCCUGAGCGCUCAGAGGAGCGGAGGGACUCGUUGGACACGGUAGGGACUCUAGAGAAGGGGAUUGCCCCUUCUACCGAUACUGAGUCGCCGGACUUAUCGGUGCCCUUGUCCAUCUCUUCGCCUGAGCCAGCAGAGGAGUCCUCGGCCCAACCUCCAGAUCGUGUCCCUGAGCAGGAGCUUUACAACUCCUUCCACUUCUGGCGGACCCCUAUCGCCCAGAUUGACCUGGACAUGGAGCUGCUACCACAGGAGGAACCCGCCAGCUGCGUCUCCGUUCAGGCUAAGGCCUCAACCCCCGCCCUGGGCCGGAAGCAGCUGGAAGAGCUCAUCGAAAACCUGGAGCCUCAUAUUGAUGACCCUGACGUUAAAGCACAAGUGGAUGUCCUGACAGCUGCUCUGCGCGCCGCCACCCUGGACUCUCACCUCGAGGACGCCUUCCUGGAGGCCCGGGAAAGCCAGGGGAUCCACCACCAGGACAACCCCUUUGGUGUGCACCAGACGCCCCGAAUCGGCCACGAGAGCCGAUCCUCGUCCCUGCGUAUGCACCACAGCGACGACUCCGAUCAGGGCGACUGCUUCGGUCAGGCCGAGGAGAAGAAAUCGAAGCUUCAGGACGUGAUCCCGCAGGCCCUGCUGGACCAGUACCUCUCCAUGACGGACCCCUCCCGGGCUCAGACGGUGGACAUGGAGAUCGCCAAGCACUGUGCCUACAGCCUGCCCGGUGUGGCCAUGACGCUGGGCCGGCAGAACUGGCACUGCCUCCGAGACACCUACGAGACACUGGCCUCCGAUAUGCAGUGGAAGGUGCGUCGGACAUUGGCCUUCUCCAUCCACGAGCUCGCCCUGAUUUUGGGUGACCAGUUGACCGCAGCUGACCUGGUGCCCAUCUUCAACAGCUUCCUCAAGGACCUGGAUGAGGUUCGGGUUGGGGUCCUCAAACACCUGUACGACUUCCUUAAGCUCCUGCACCCAGAGACGCGGCGUAAAUACCUGUACCAGCUCCAGGAGUUCCUGGUCACCGAUAACAGCCGCAACUGGCGCUUCAGAUCAGAGCUGGCCGAACAGCUAGUCCUGUUACUGGAGCUGUACAGUGGUCAGGAUGUGUAUGACUACCUGAGACCGCUGGCCUUCAGCCUGUGUACAGACAGAGUAUCCUCUGUACGAUGGACCUCCUACAAACUGGUGAGUGAGAUGAUCAGGAAGUUGGCGUCGUGCCAGGCUCUUCUGACAGACUUUCUGAGUGAGCUGGUGGAGAAGUUCUGCCACUCCCCCAAGUGGUCGGGACGGCAGGCCUUCGCCUUUGUCUGCCAGCUGGCGAUUGAGGAUGACUGCGUGUCGUUGGAGCAAUUCUCGGAGCACCUGCUGGCCCCUCUGUUACAGCUGGCCUCGGACCCGGUGGCCAACGUCCGAGUGCUGCUGGCCAAAACCAUCAGCCAGAGCCUGUUGGAGAGAGAGUACUUCCUGCAUUCUGCCAACUCGCACCAGGAAGCCCUGGAGCAGACGCUGGUGGCCCUGCAGAUGGAUCUGGACAAGGAUGUCAAGUACUUUGCCAGUGUUCAUCCAGGGAGCACGCGCAUCAGCGAGGACGCCAUGAGUACCACCUCCUCUACCUACUGAGCCCAGGACACACACACACACACCCACACGCGCUCUGCUGAACCCAAGCCAAGUAGGGGGCUGAGGACUUGAGGUAGCCCAUUUCUACGGCUCUUAGGCUUCCGUAAACACAGACUCACAAGGGGAAGACACAACUCGCCCAAAGCAGUGCAACACUUGAGUCACUACAGCAAAGAUUUUGUGCUUUGAUAUCUAGAUAUUAUAUUUUGCCACAGGAGCCUUAAAGGUGUCUUCCUUAAACAUGAAAAUACUUGAAUGUCUGGAGUGAAUUCAGUGGAAAAACUAAACAAAUGGAGAAAAUGCACGGGCAUUUCUUUUUCUCUUUUUUUUUUUUUUUAAAGGACCAUUUCUCCCUGUUUCUCAUUUCUCUUUGCCCUCUAUAGAAUCCUCCCCAGACUUGGUGACAAGCCAGUAUGUCACAAGCUUUAUCAAACCACAGAAGCAGAUCAACGGUCUCUAACUUGGAACAUUUCAAUGGUGUAUAGUUUCUGUAAUUGCUAUCUUUUUUUAUACUGUAAAAAUUACUCAUGCUGCAUAAAUCUCUAUAUAUAUAUAUAUUAAAAUAGUCUACCAUCACAGCCUUCUUUAGUGGGGAGCUGUUGGUGGGCGACAGUUCUCCUACAGGGAUUUGGCCUCCAUUGUUUUAACUCUAGUGCAGCACAUUGUUGUACCCAUAGACUGAAGGCCGCCCCCUGGCAUGCAGGGGGUUCCUGUUGUGAAUGAAAAAUAACUAUUGUAUUUUUUAUUAAUAUGGCUGUUUGUUCGCGGCGUGUAAGUAGGAAGAGGGAUUUCCGAUUGUGAAAGGUCAGCACACACUCACUUCUACAUGUGGGGGGGGGGGUAUUUUUAACCUGAGAAUGAAAUACUGCGAUGUCCCUCUCCCUCGACAUUGCCACUCCUCCUUUUAUAUCCCAUCUGUACAUAUCUCCAGCAAUGUUUCUCCGUUUUGAUCAACGAUCAUGAAUUUUAUUGUGAUAGUUUUGUUCCGUUUUACCUGUCUCGACAAGAAAUGAAAUAAACAGCAGGCACUAUAACUUG